AGGGGAUGGUGGGCACCAUGAGCGCCGUCAGCGAGGUGGUGCAGCGGGCCAGAGCCGCCUUCGUCUCGGGCAGGACGCGCCCGCUCCAGUUCCGCGUCCAGCAGCUGGAGGGGUUGCGGCGCCUGGUCCGCGAGCGCGAGAAGGACCUCGUGGGCGCGCUGGCCGCCGACCUCCACAAGAACGAAUGGACUGCCUACUAUGAGGAGAUCGUGUACGUCCUGGAGGAGAUCGAAUACAUGAUCAAGAACUUCCCCGAGUGGGCUGCGGACGAGCCCGUGGAGAAGACCCCCCAGACUCAGCAGGAUGAGUCCUACAUCCACGCGGAGCCCCUGGGCGUGGUCCUCAUCAUCGGGACCUGGAACUACCCCUUCAGCCUCACCAUCCAGCCCAUGGUGGGCGCCAUUGCUGCAGGGAACGCGGUGGUCCUCAAGCCAUCGGAGCUGAGUGAGAACAUGGCGAGCCUGCUGGCCAGCAUCCUCCCCCAGUACCUGGACAAGGAUCUGUACCCGGUGAUCAAUGGGGGUAUCCCCGAGACCACAGAGGUGCUCAAGGAGAGAUUCGACCACAUCUUCUACACCGGGAGCACCGGGGUGGGCAAGGUUGUCAUGACAGCUGCGGCCAAGUACCUGACCCCCGUCACACUGGAGCUGGGGGGCAAAAACCCCUGCUACGUGGACAAGGACUGUGACUUGGACAUCGCCUGCAGACGCAUCGCCUGGGGGAAAUUCAUGAACAGCGGCCAGACCUGUGUGGGGCCUGACUACAUCCUGUGUGACCCCUCCAUCCAGAACCAAAUCGUGGAGAAGCUCAAAAAGUCCCUGAAAGAGUUCUACGGGGAGGAUGCCAAGAAGUCCCGCGACUACGGGAGAAUCAUCAACUCCUGGCACUUCCAGAGGGUGAUGGGCCUGAUGGAGGGCCAGAAAGUCGCCUACGGAGGCACCGGGGACGUGGCCACCCGGUACAUAGCCCCCACCAUCCUCACGGACGUGGACCCCCAGUCCCCGGUGAUGCAGGAGGAGGUCUUCGGGCCCGUGAUGCCUAUCGUGUGCGUGCGCAGCCUGGAGGAGGCCAUCCAGUUCAUCAACCAGCGCGCCAAGCCCCUGGCUCUCUACGUGUUCUCCCUGAACGACAAGGUGAUUAAGAAGAUGAUCGCGGAGACGUCCAGCGGCGGGGUGACGGCCAACGACGUCGUCGUCCACAUCACCGUGCACUCGCUGCCCUACGGGGGCGUGGGGGACAGCGGCAUGGGGUCCUACCACGGCAGGACGAGCUUCGAGACCUUCUCCCACCGUCGCUCUUGCCUGGUGAGGCCUCUGCUGAACGAGGAGGCCCUCAGAGCCAGAUACCCCCCGAGCCCGGCCAAGAUGCCCCGCCACUGAGGCGCUGCCCUGGCCUCGCUGCGCCGCACUCGGACCGCUGCUCCCGGCGCCCCCCAGCUCCCAGCGCAUCCCGCCUCCCCACUCCGCCCCCUCGCUGACGUAGAGACCAAUAAAGUUUCC